GGCAAUUGCACAAUUUUGCGCUUCACUUUUUUUAACUGCAAUAAACAUGCGAAAACGUUUAAUUUAGUUGGUGGAAAUUUGUUAUAGUUUUGCUGCUGUCGUCAUCUAGAAAUGUCGAAAGAACUCAGCGACGACGCUUCGAUAGCGUUCUUACGACCUUCGACCAUCGAACGUCUAUCAGUUCAACUUAACCCUGAAAAGCUCUUGCUUACUGACAACAAAAUUCUGAGAGAUUGGCGUGGAGUCUACGAAUGUUCUUGUAUCAAUGAUCGCCAUGUAUUUGAUCAAAUCAAAUAUUCGUCUGAUCCUUUCAAACACCUUCUUGAUCACUGGAAACAUUUCGAGAACGCGACGGUGAAAAACCUCUUCUUAUUUUUAUCUGAAAUGGACAGAUUUGAUGUGAUCGAUGAUAAUAAAGAAAGAAUUGCCGAGGAUAUUAAAUUUGCUGAUAAACUUCUCAGACAAAAGGGAUUUAGUGUUGGUAUGAUAGAAAAUGAGCUUGCUGGAUCAGAGAAGGUUUUAACCUACGACGAUAUUGCUUGCUUGAAGAGAGGGAAGAACUUGGCCAGAUACGAUGUGUUGAUUCUACAUGCAGCUGAGGACUCAGAAUUCACCCAGCUAAUGGUUCAGGAGUUAGAAAACCAGAAGAUAUCAGUCUGUCUCAGGGAUAGAGAUCUAGUAGUUGGCACAGUUGAAUUACAAGCUAUUACUAAGCUGAUCUCGGAACGAUGCAGCAAGGUCGCAGUUAUACUUUCACCAAACUUUUUUAGCAGUGCUGAGAACGCGUUCUACUCGAGUUUAGCGCAAACUGAUGCAAUCCAGACAAACCAGCGCAGCUUUCUUCCAAUCAUUUACAAGCCGGUCAAACUACCCUCUAGUAUAGACUCAUUAACUAAGCUUAGGGUUCACGGGAAUCCAUAUUUCUGGACUAAACUCUGCCGGAACAUUAAGGAGGACUGGACGGAGAACAGGAACCAUCCUCUCCCUCCUCCUAUACAGGAUACCAUCACAACUUCACAACCACAACCCUUCAGUUCUAAUCCCAUCACAAGAAGUAAUUCACCCGCCGCUACAAGUAGUACAUCAGCCGUUAAUAGUAGUUAUUUACCCGCCACUUCUAGUACACAAUCCCCAGCGGUAAAAAGCGGUUUUAGAAACAAUUUAAAAACUAAUUUCCUCCCGAGCACCGGUAAACUGAAGACGGGAGGAGGGUUCCUGAACAAAAUGUUGAAACCUGUUCGAAAUCUAGUGUCUGGUGGUCGGGAGCGUCCUGCAGUCACGGAGUUUAGUAAUGUUCUGUUCUCCGAGCAGAGUGAAGGAAGCAUUGUUCGAUUAAUAGAUUCAGCUCCAGAUGUUCCCUUGAAUGAGCCUGGGAAAGAGGAAGGAAGUGCAAAGUUGAAGAAUAGAAGAAAAAGCAAACAUGAAGCAUAUCAACAGAUAGCAUAGAGUCAAAUAAACUCAGGGUACAGGGUACAGGAUAAUAAUGAUGUUGAUAAUCAAUAAACCUUCAUUCCGUAGAAAUCUAGGCCGAGCAUUAAAUAAAAAAACGCCCAAGGACAGACUGCAGAGUGUGUAAGAAGAAGUAAAAACAAACCAUUGAAUCAACAUAAAGGACUAGGCGAUGAACUUGUAAUAACUGCAGCCUCAUAUGGGUUAUUGGGGACUGUAGAUGACUACCAAAAGACAAUAAAACAAAAAAUAUUAAAAAGACAAAUUAACUCUGUCGAUUUGCGUGAAUUUCCCACCUUUUUCUAAAGAUCUUAAAUAUAUGCCUGAUAUAAGUGCCUAACCUUACAUAUUUAACACAGUAUCUUUUGUUAAAAACAAGACGACUCAAAAGCACAAGCUACUAUGAAAAGAAUGUUGUCUCACAAAUAAGUGUUAUAGAAUUAUUUCUCAGCUGACAAACCCUUUGUAAUUUAUAAUAUUUAACGCAAAGUGACAAAUUAUAUCACUCCUUAGUUUCCCACAUUUUUUACUUCUGCCUAAAAAAAAAAUAUGUUCAGUCGAUUUGCGGUAAUAUCUUCUGCUGAAGAUCUUAAAUAUAUGUCGGAUAAAAUGCCUAAUUCAAAACUAUAUUUUUUGUUACAAACACGACGACUCAAAAGGAAACAAAUUUGCCUCUAAGUGAUACUUCUACGAUUUGUUUAGCUUUUUAUGAUGAGAUUGUGACAUGGUCAUAAGGCGCCCC